AUUUAUUUAUUUACUGUGUGCAUUUUUAAUCCAGCGCAUCCGUAGUCUUCUUAGCAUUGCAAGGUUUGGCGUCCCUACCUACAGUGCAUCUUUUUCUUCUGUUCCAAACUGCAUCUCCUUUUUUUGCUUUACUAGCGUGUGGAGCCUUGUCCCCCCACUCCCUGUGCCGGCUAAAAUCACGGCCUUUACUUGUGUGUUUCGCUGUUUUCCUUGUGAUCCAUCCUGUGGGAGUGCCUCCUGGGCGAACCCUGAGUUUGCACAACAUUCUGUUUCGCCGAUGGUGAAAAUGACCAGAUCAAAGACCUUCCAGGCAUAUCUGCCCUCAUGCCAUCGAACAUAUAGCUGUAUUCACUGCAGAGCACACCUGGCAAAUCACGAUGAGCUCAUCUCAAAGUCUUUUCAAGGAAGUCAAGGACGGGCAUACUUGUUCAAUUCCGUAGUUAAUGUGGGAUGUGGACCUGCAGAAGAACGGGUAUUGCUUACAGGACUGCAUGCAGUUGCAGAUAUUUAUUGCGAAAACUGCAAAACCACACUUGGCUGGAAAUAUGAACAUGCCUUUGAAAGCAGCCAGAAAUACAAAGAAGGAAAGUACAUCAUUGAGUUAGCUCACAUGAUUAAGGAUAAUGGCUGGGAAUGAAGAAAGUGGCAACAGCAACAAAAACGAGUGAGAGAGAGAGAGUGGCCUAGAGCUGUCCAGCUAUCCGAGUUCCAGAAUGUGAGAGAGAGUAGCUGCGUGCAUGACUAAAUACAUUUGGAGGCCAGGUGUUCAGAGCACCCUGAUGACCUUCUCUGACAUGUCAGCAACUGGCCUUUCUAUUUCUAUCUCUGUCUCCUUUUGCUUUCUAUCUCUUUGUGAGCUGAGUCCCUGGUUAUACCUGCUCUGUUCUACUUUCAGCUGAAAGAACGAGCACCAGUAUAGAACAACAUUCCACUUCCUUAUAUUCUUCUAACUGUGUUCUUGAAUCUGUGUUUGGUGACAUGGACUGAAUAGCUUUGCUGGCUAAGCAUGUAUAUGAAAGGAGAAUAGAACAGGGGCGAAAACAAAAGUUUGAAGGAGAAAAUGGGUAGGCCAAAUGAAAUGCUGCUGUUGGCUUCAGUCCUAGUUUGUUGAGCCUUAGGAGUUUCUGGUUUAUUUGCAGCAGUUGGGCCUUGUUAAAACUUUUGCUAGGAACAUAAAGUAGUUAUCACCAAAGUUUUUCCCAUUUGUUUACAGAUACCGAUAUUAAGUCACAUUGCAGUGUGUUCUAACACAGAAGGUAAACUAGCAUUACAUCUUCCAUCAAAAUGCCCUGCAGUACUGUUUCUGUGUAGCAAAGGAAUAUAAAAGUCUCCCAAAUAUCAUUUUUGAUAGACGCAAAGUGGACGUUAACCCAGUUCAAAAAAAGAAGGGAUAGGGACAUCUGCUGCAAAGAAAUUAUUCACCAUUUUUGCUGUACCACAAAAUUGUUCAAGCAGUGUUUUGCGUAGGGAAAAUGACUCUUUGCUUUUAAAUGAAUUUCUAGAGUGAAAUAUGAAAAGAAAAUCAGUAGUCCAACUAUGACAUUUUCAGCCAUUAUGUUAAUAUCUCAUAGUGAGAGAAGUACAGAAUUUUAUUUCUGUAUUUCCAUAGAGUAUGUAAUGAGUCAACUGUCAAGAUUAUUUUGUACAAUGAUAAAUUAUUGGGAGAAAAGUCGACAGCCCUUUAGCAGUGUUGCUGGUAAUGAAGGUAACUCCAGAGCGGUAUAGAUUUCUUUACUUCCACAAUGUUAUAGGUAUCUGAGAGAGACUGUGGUAAUUGUAUCAGAUAUGUGCAGCAAAAAUUCUAAACAGUAACACCAUUACAAGGAAGGGCAGAUGCAAAAACAAAUCUAAGAAAUAAACAUCAAAUAUAGAAUUAA